UCCGGGAUCCCCGGCUGAGGGGGGAGGGCGGCCGUUCUAGGGAUUGUCGACGCCAAUAUGCCUCGCCCCGUGGUUUCGCUUCGCUCCACCUCUCCCUCCCCUCCCCGCUCGCCUCCCCAGGUACACUGCCCCUGCCUCCGGAGGCUCCCGCCCUCCGCCCUCCGCAGUCCGGGGCGCCUCCCAGGAGGGUUCUGCGUGGCGGAGGGGCUUCCCCGCCCAGCGAGGUGUAGCAGCUGCCUCGAGGCUGACCGGUGGGGGGGCGGUCUGAGUGGCCGGGCGAAAGGGGCUGCAAGUGUGGGGAGAGGUAGACUGCCUCUGAAGUGGGAGGCUCGCCUUGCCCGUGAAUAGCGAGAUGUUGACCCCUCCGGGUUUGUGUGCGUGAAGAGGGUGGGGGGGGGUGUAACAAUGAACAAAACGGAAUUUUCGAGGGCCGCCCUUGAUGCCUUCCCUCCCCAAAUGCUGCAGAACCGGCCCCCCCGAAUAUUCCCUUCCGUUCCAGGCGGCCCUGGGAGGGUGAGCUCCGCUUUAAUUCCGCUUUGUAGGAAAAAGAGCCGAAGGCAGCUUCUCUUCGAGGCCCCAUUCUCUGCUCUCAAUAGCUUUGCUGAGGAUAAAUGGCUGAUUGCAGAUAGAGAGGAGCUACUUUCAGGGGCUGAUUGACGCUGCUGAAGUCGCAACAAAAGUGCCAGUUGCCCUCAGGGCUGGAGAAUGUGAGGCCGCCUCUGUCAGCCACCAGAAAGGACAUGGAGGAGGAGAGUCUUCCUUCACCAGCGGAGAGGUUGGAUGUUCCAGGGAUCAGCCGGCGGAUCUCGGUCAGCGAGUUCUCUUGCCACUGCUGCUACGACAUUCUCAUCAACCCCACCACCUUGAACUGCGGGCACAGUUUCUGUCGGCACUGCCUGGCAUUAUGGUGGAUGUCUUCCAAGAAGAACGAGUGUCCAGAGUGCAGGGAGAAAUGGGAAGGGUUCCCAAAGGUCAACAUCCUACUCAGGAAUGCUGUUGAAAAGCUGUUCCCAACCGCCAUCGAGCAGCGCAAAGACGACAUCCUGCAAAACUACGAGGCAACACAAUGUCUGGCGGCUUUUCAGAAGUAUGGAAGUGACCAGCCCACGGCGGCCCCCAGUGCUGGGAGGGUGAACCCACCUGGAGGAGGCUUUUUCUCCGGUGUCCUGACAGCAUUGACAUGCGUGGCGGUGGUUUUGCUGGGCUAUCACUGGAGGAGCCGGGAGUCAGAGGACAGCCUGCUGGUCCACAAGCCUGUGGCCAAAUGGACCGCAGAGGAGGUGGCCCACUGGCUUGGGCAGCUGGGGCCCUGGACGUCCCUCUACAGGGAGAACUUCCUGCAGGAGAGGGUGAAUGGAAGGCUGCUUCUGACGCUGACUGAUGAAGAACUCAGGCAGGCUCCUUACCAGGUGGAGAACAGCAGCCACAGAAAAGCCAUUGUGAUGGAACUUGAGCGGGUGAAGAUGCUGGGGGUAAAGCCGCCCCAAAACCUCUGGGAGUACAAAGCGGUGCAGCCCGGGAGGUCGCUGUUCCUGCUCUACGCCUUGAAGAGCUCCCCUCGGCUCACCAUGCUGUACUUGUACCUCUCGGAUUACAGCAACACCUUCCUGCCCUUCAUCCACACCGUCUGCCCUGUGUCGGAGGCCCAGGAGCUGGAAGAUGUGAUUGCAAAACUGCAUGACCACAAGGACCCCGUGUGGAAACAGUGGCGGGAGUUCCUGGUGAAGUUUGCUUUCCUGCCCUAUCAGCUGCUGGCCGAGUUCGCUUGGGAUUGGCUGGAGACCCAUUACUGGACCUCCCGCUUCAUCAUCGUGAACGCCAUGCUGCUGUCUGUGCUGGAGCUGUUUUCCUUCUGGCGGCUCUGGUCCAGACGGGAGCUGAAGAGAAUUCCCUACCGGAUGUGGAGCCAUUUCUGGAAAAUGUCAACCCAGGGAUUCCUGAUGGCCAUUUUCUGGCCAGUUAUUCCCCAGUUUGCCUGCAAUUGCCUUUUUUACUGGGCUUUGUACUUCAACCCAAUCAUUAACAUUGACCUUGUAGUGAAAGAAGUCCGUCGCCUGGAAACCCAAGUCCUGUGAGGUGGAGAGCCCCGGACACACAUUGCCCGUGCCCCUGGUCUGGAUGCUGAGGGGGCCAGCCCUGUCUUUCUGCACUUCCAAAUUCAGCUGAUCUUCCUCCAUGGAUAGCUGAACAGCCUAGUUUUGCAGCCCCUUGCGUCCCCCACUUUCUUUUCAGGAGCAAGAGGCACUUUUUCCUUGGAACAGAGAAGAUGUAAUAUUUGCAUAAUCCAAAAACUCGCUUUGAGCCAACUGAAGCCAAGGUUGUUGCAAACUCUUUGGAAAAGGAGCCCUUGCAUGUAAGUAGGUGAAUUGGUUUCUCUGUGUGUCUGAAUUUCUUCUGUGUUGCUUUGUGUUAAAUCUCUGGUGAAUCUUUAUGUUAAAUGUGACGUCCCUAUAAAUGAAAAUUGACUCUGCAUUUGUAUCAAUAUGAUCUUGAAAUUUGCAUAGAACAUUUUUACAAAUUAAAUAAUGUUUUCUAAAA